AUGGCCACCUACUCUGCAUUUCUAUCCAGUUUGGCCACCGCUCCUCGGCCACCGCUCCUCGGCCACCGCUCCUCGGCCACCGCUGGCCACCAGCGAGGUGUAUAUAAACCCUACCUCUCACUCUCUGUUUGCCUACAACGACCCUCCAAGCGACAAUCAUCUCCCUACGAACAACAUCUAAGAAUGAAUCCCUCCUCAUACUCUUCUUCUUUCGGAAAACCCUGUACCAGGACUGGGCCCAUCGAGUUGCGCGAUGACCGACGCAUGGAGCAAGAAUCCCUCGUCUGGAUCAGUAUAAUUGUCAUCCCGCCGCAGCGAUCCCGUAACAGCCAAUUCAUCACGGCCCACGACCCUCACUGGUGCCUAUCUUGGGACCUUUCCCUCCAACACGUUCGCGCUGGGAAACCGAGCCCUCAACGUCGCUUGCACAAUGCCGAAGACGCAAUUUACAGCCCGAGGAUUGAGUGCUCAAAGAUCGACGAGGCCAUACAGCACGCUCACUCGAUGCAGAUGGUCUAUCCGAUCAAGGAGCUGAGCCUCAAGCAAAGAGCCCAUCUAGAAAACAUUGCGGCGGCCACUGGGUCCAAUGGGAGUUGCCGGGAGUGGUGUUUACGAGUUUUGCGACAGGCGAUGCUUGCAGGAUUAUUCACCGAGCAGGAGAUUAGCCAGGCAAAGUAUAUGGCUGAGGCGGCCCACGUUUAA